ACUCGACUCGCCAUCAAGUGUACCAAUCGGUAACACAUUACCACUUGCAAAAGCAGUGUUCUUCAGAUCAGUCAAAUUAAAAUGACGGUGCAAAUAAUCUUGGCCUUUGUUCUAAUCAUUGUUACCUUUUAUUGCUCCACCACUUUAGCCCAGCUAUCCCCAGUUCAGGCUCCGGCAACGGCUCCGCCGGCUUCAGCAUUGCCGGUGUCAACUCCGACUGCAACACCUUCCACUCCACCAGCCGCCGCGCCGGGACUGAAUACAGUUCCCCAAGUACCCGUUUCGCCCGGUGGAGCCCCGAAACCAGCCAUCAUUCCUAAAGCUCCCGCCAUUGAUAUAGUGCAAAUUCUGAGGAAAGCCAAGAUAUUCUCUGUUCUGAUACGGUUGCUGAAGACGACCCAGUUAAUCAACCAGCUCAACUCACAGCUCAUGACUUCCGGGGCCGGUGGGUUAACCAUUUUCGCUCCGGAGGACAGUGCCUUCUCCAAACUCAAACCAGGGUUCUUGAACUCCCUCAAUGACAGGCAAAAGGUAGAGCUUCUACAGUUCCACACAAUCUCUUCCUUCAUUUCUAUCUCCAACUUCGAUACCCUCACCAACCCGGUUCAGACCCAAGCCGGGGACGACCCAAAAAGGCUCCAACUCAACGUCACAACUUACAGCGGUAACCAAGUUAGCAUGACCACCGGUGCCGUUAACGCCACCCUGACAGGCACCGUGUAUACUGACAACAAGCUGGCCAUAUAUCAAGUGGAUAAGGUGCUUCUUCCACUGGACAUUAUGCUUCCCAAGGCUCUGGCGCCGGCGCCGGCGAAGGCACCAGGAGAUUCACCUAAAGCUGCUAAAACGAAGUCGUCUUCUGUAGAUGAGAGUAGUGGGGAUGAUAAUAAUGAUAAGAAUGAUAAUGUCGGUACGAUGGAAGCCUCUAGUGGUUCAGUGAAUUUUAAUGCAGAGAUGAUACUGCAAGUUCCUAUUGUUCUUGGGGUCGUCUUUUUUGGUGGAGCCAUGAUAUGAAGUUGAUGCUCAUACUGCAAGUUCCUAUUCUUCUUCCACUAGUUUUGCUUUGCUUUUAUUUAAGCGGCCACUUGUUACUUACUCUCAUAAAUUAUGUAUUUAUAUUUAUUAAUUAUUUAUUCUCGUAAAUUUUAUAUC